CUGAGGCCCAAUGAAGGUGAAUCAGUGAAGAUUAAAUAAUUACAAUGUAAAAAUAUUCAACAUCAUUCCAAUAAUUUUCAAGUUUUUGUAGCGGUGAGUGACAGUUUUGAGUUUUUUGAUUAUGUAGUAAUCUUUUAAUUACACAUUAAGUGUCAGCAGUAUAAGUCAUGGCAGAAUUAUAGUACACAAAUGCAAAUAUUGUCAUGUUCUCAUUAACAAGGAGUGCUGUAAACGUUGUUACUUUCAAUGUGACAGAUAAAACGACAUUUCGACUGCAGAUUUCCUUGGUGACGUCGAGUCCACAGAAGACAUGUGAUGAAAUAUUUAGGACAUGGAUGGGACUAAUUUUUCUUCCAUUUUGUCUGUGAUUCUGUGUGUGGUUCUUACUGAUAUACAAACAGUUGAUGCCGGUAAAUGCUUACAAGACGCCCAGCGCCUGUGUCUAACACAGUCAGCGGGACUGAUCCAGGCCGUCAGAGAACGCAAGGCUGUCUGUAGUGCCUAUGCAGAUUACGACUCCUGUAUCAAAGCUUCCAUUACCAAACUGGGGUGUCGCCUGGCCCCAAAUGAGGCAGACCUGUACGAGAUUGAUAUCACAAACAUCUAUACCAAAUAUCCCUAUGGAUGUACCAAAACAGAGAGUGGUUGGAUAGCAUCACUGACAGCCAAAUCAUCAGUCACCAGGAUGCUGUUAGUAUCACGAACAUCACUCAGCCUCAUGACCAUUGCACUGGGAUUUAUCCUGUGUUUAUAACUCAGGUUCACAAACUGUUAUUGUUGAGCUCAAACAGUUCACUGUGAUAUAUGGUAAUUCUUCAAUGUUGUAUAUUGUAUGUGUAUAGAUAUAUCAAUGAAAUCAUAAACUAGUAUUUAAAUUUCCAA